AUGAUUCUCUCAUUGUAAAAUUUUACAUUAGACAAUUGUACAUUGGCUAAUAAACUUAGAACAAAAUUUAGACAACUUUAAACCAUUUAAGAAUCUGCCAGUUCCUUUGAAACAGGAACGGAUAAAAUUUGUAAGUCAUGAAAAAAAUAAAUUGUGAAACGAGGGUAAUAAAGAUUAAAAUGAAUCUCCUAGAUCGCAAACAUGUUCAGUACCUCAGAAAAAGAGGAAUAGAUAUUUUUCAAGUUAAGAAACAAAUAAUUGAGAAAAAAGGUUUAAAACUGUUUUGCUUUCUAUAAGCUAUAUCUUACUUAGAAUUAGAAAGAAAAAAACUAAAGAAUAAUUUCUUUCAUCAAGAAAAAUAUAUCAAAGCCAAAAAAAAUAAUUCAUAACUAAAUUAUUUUAAAUAUGGUUCAUCCAUUAUAUUGAUCCGUUAAAUAAAUUUAUAACUUUAAGAUGUCAUCUUGUUUUUAUGUCUUUAAGCUUAAUUGUAGUGA